AUGGUGCAUUGCCUGGGCGGCUUUUCUUGUGGACGCUAUCUACGCAGGUUUUGGACGCGUGGGAAUGACUCUGCAGCUUCCAGGGCGUCGGAUUGGAACGUGCGUGACCGCCAGACAGAGCCGGCAAACAGCGCGACGCACAGGACGACGCAUAGCGCGACGAGCACACCGACUGUUGCACCCUCUGGGUCCCGCAUCGAACUCGAAGUGCUGUAUUUCUCGGGUGCAAUGGUGACCGUCCUUGAUGCACAUCCCAGUUGGUCUGGAGCCGAACUGAAGCGCGUGCUGCGCCCAUUCCUGGAAAAGGGUGUAGCCAUCAUGGCUAUCGUCAGUGGAGGCACGAGGGUCGAGGAGACCCAAACGUUGGCAGAGGCAGGGGUCCAGUCCGGGCCACUCUACGUGAUGCUGCGGAGCUGCACGUAUUUGGUCCAAGAUGCCGGCGUGGAAGUGGUGAAUGGCUAUUACGUCCAGAAGGAAGGUGACCACAGCAGAUCCCCAGUCUAUGCCAACGAGGAUGGCAUCCUUCUCUUCAAGUAUCGGAUGGCCCGGGGAACGGAGUACUGGUACUUUAGCCGCGAGGGUGACCUGAGCCGCUCCGAUGGCGACUUUUACAGGGUGCGGUCCAACCAAUCCCGGCCGCCCGUGGAGGGCUGGACCUGGGAGGCGUGCCCACUUGGCCGUCGCACGAACAUCCCAACAUUAACGUACUUUGGUGGUGCAGAUGAGGACCUGCAGGACUGUUCUUCAUCAACUGCCUCAGGAGAAGCCCACAGCUUUUCAGACACAUCUGAUUGA